AUGGACAGAGGGAAUCGUGAGAGCGAGGGUGAACGGGCUGUGACCCCUCGGCUGGUGAUCGUAGUGAGCGGAAAGCGAAAGACGGGGAAAGACUAUCUCGGAUCGAGACUCGUGGAUGCGAUCGGGGAAUCCUCUGCCCUCGUCCACCUCUCCUCCCCUAUCAAGUCCCACUGGGCCCGAACCCACGGAUUGGACCUCCAGGCACUCCUCGGUGACGGACACUAUAAAGAACGGUAUCGGGCGGAGAUGGUCGCUUGGAGCGAGGAAGUGCGACGACGCGAUCCCGGAUACUUCUGUCGCCUGGCGACGGACAGCGACGCGUGUCGCGAAAGGCCGAUUUGGGUGGUGAGCGACGCGAGACGACCCUCCGACGUCUCCUGGUUUCAACAUUUUUUCCCCGGUCGAGUCAAGACCGUGCGAAUGCAUGCAAGCGAUGAGUUGCGACGGCAUCGCGGGUGGACGUUCGUUGCAGGGAUCGACGACGCAGAGACGGAAUGUGCACUGGAUUCCUUCCCUGACUGGGAUCUUAUCGUCGAGAAUAACGAGACUGGAGGAUUGGAAAAAGGGAUCGAGACCAUCUUCACCUGGGUCCAACACUUCCUAUCGGAUUCCUGA